AUGCGCCCCUUCACCUCGGGUCUCCGCCCAUUGAAUGCCCUCGUGUCGCAAGCACAGUCAUACACUACUAUUGCGCGCACACAAUCACGCUUCCUCUCAACACAAUCCCUCUCUCUAAACUCAGCUCGCCCGUCAUAUAUUCUCUCUCGCUCGCAGCGCAUCCUUGCCCAGACCCAACUCCGAUACAACUCCCGUGCUCCUCGCCCUCUCACCGAAUCACCCAAGAGCCAGGCGGAGCAAGAGGCUGAAUGGGAAGCACAGAACCAGGAGCGUCGCAAGGACGAGGAAGCCUACCGCAUUACAUUCACCUGCAAGCCGUGUGGUCAUCGCUCUGCGCAUCGCAUGUCCAAGCAAGGCUACCACCGUGGAACUGUCCUUAUCCAAUGUCCCUCGUGUAACUCGCGCCAUGUCAUGAGUGAUCACCUUGGUGUCUUCUUUGAAAAGAAGACAACCCUGGAAGACCUUUUGAAGGAGAAAGGUCAGACAUUGACCCACGGCCAUACGGAUGGCAACCUGGAAUUUUGGGAGGAUGGGUCUGUGAAGAGUUACGACUUGGAGGGUAAAGAGAUACUGGCAGCACGCGACGAUGAUAAGUCUUGA